UGACAAACUUCGCACAGUUCCCUGCCAAGACAUCUUAGAUCAUGUCAUACAUGCUCAACUGCCAUUUUACAUGAUGGGUGAAAUUCAGUUGUAAACCAGUAUGGAGAAAAGACAGCGUGAGGAGACAUUAGAGGGCUCCAGAUCACACCAGUCAACAUUAACAGGGACCCUGACACUGAAGAACUUCACCAUACCCAGGAAGAAACGAACCUCUGGAGAAGUCCUUUUGGAAUGUUGUUCAGAGGAAAGCCGCGACUACAAUCUCAUUCAGACAAAACUGAGAGAUGCCAAGCUGGACACUAGAAAGGACCGAGCAAAUGCAUGGGUCUGGAAAGAUGUUUGUUUAGUGCACAAUGAGGAGCUUCUUAAAAUGUUCUCCGAAAAAAGGGCAGAGAUGCGUGCUAAAGGAAGACAUGGGAGAGAAAUGGAAGAAAGAUUUUGUUUUUUAGUUGCAUCGGACCAAAUGGCGGCCCAGAUUUAUCAGCACGGUCUACGGGUUGGCAGCACUGUCCAGUAUGCCUUGGGAAAGCCAUCACACGGAGUAUAUCUCUUUAGGCAUGUCGAUGUGGCUCUGAAAUCCAAUACCAACGUAUUAAGUGCAAAAAAACUAGUAAUUUUCAAGGUUCUUUAUGGAAAGGUGAAAAAAAUCGCCCCAAGCCUGGACUGGAACAAAACGCAAGAUCCCACUCUGGGCUUUGACUGUCACAUGUGUAAAGAUGCAGUGUCCCAUCGAGACACUCUUCACCAGCAAGUUCUGGGCUCCUCUGUUUUUCUGUUUGACUUUAACGAGAAGCAGGAGCUCACUGAAAGACCCAGGCAGUGUUUGCCGUAUGCUGUAGUUUCAUUUGUUCCUGCCAGCAGUGCCAUUCUGACUGUGCCUACAAACCUACCACUCUCAGCUUCAGCGCUACCUAUUGGCCAAGUGCAUGACCAUUUUAAGGCAUGUACUGUGGCAAAGAUAAGAGGAAAAGGAGACACUGCCACCAUUACAUUCAAACACUUUGGCACGCCGGGCUGCUUUGAGACAGAUUAUACACCUCAGAAUCCAGAAGUAGAAGCUCCACUUAAAAAGAGCGAUAUGCAAAACACUCAGUCAUUCAACCCAAAACAGCACUGGAUUGCUGCCAGUGAGGACUCAGAAUCUUCCAGCAGUUCAGGGCCAGUUAUGGAUCACACUGCUGUCUCCCAAAGCUUGCUGGGAAAGAAAGCAUUCCUGAGUAAUCACAAAAAAAAUACUGCAAGCACACAUGGAGGAAAUGACAAUACAUGGGACACAGUACCUCAAAGUCCGUUGGACAAAAUUUCUACCAUAGUGUAUUCUUCACGCUUGGUUAGGGAUCCUCGUCUAUCUAGACAAGAAGCAAAUCAACAGACCAACUGUUCAGAUGCCAUGGUAGCAUACACUGGAUCAGGAUGUGAUAAUAGAAAAUGCCAACCAGCCGAUAAAAACCAAGAAGACAAUUGUGGAUUUGCUGGAAAUACUUGUGAUUCAAAAGAGCCAUCAGACACAGACAAGAAGGACACUCAAAGGGAAUCCUCAAAGAUUGAUCAAUGUGCGCAUACCACAACGUUGCCCUCAAUGAAGUUAUUCAAAAUUAAAUUCCAAAAAUAUGCUGCCUACUUUAGAAUGAGUCAGGAAGAGAGGCAUCACAAAAUUUGGUCACAAGAAAACAUGUCACCAGAACAAAAGCAAGAAUUAGCUGACCAUAUACAUUUUUAUGAAGUUUAUUAUCAGAAGUAUAAAGAGGGAUUGAUCUUUCAAAAUGUCAAUGAGACAAAGAAGACCUCCAGGCUGCCUCAAAGAGAGCCCAAAGAAAAUCACAUUCUACAGACAAAAGACAAUACAUACAAGCACAAUCAGUCCUAUGUGUGCAAACCAAAACGUCAUGAUGUUGCAAGUUUGUCAGAUAACAAUGAUUUUGUUAACAGGGAUAAAUGUAGCACAACACACAUUCAUAAAACCAGUCAUCCAUAUCAUCAAGAAUCGAGUGCAGUAAUGUUGACAGAAAAGGGACAGGGUCAAGCACCAGAGACUCACCAGGACCAUCCCGAUAGAUGUCUGCUUCAGUCUCCAGAUAAACUUUCAGAGCAAUCCUUGGUGCUGAGAUCACUGAAUCUCAACCUCACAGAUGAGAAAACUGAUGCACAAAAUGUACAGCUUGAUCUCAAACACCCAAAUCCUUUAACUUGUCCCUCUAAUGAAGCUAAGCUUAAUCACAGCUUAGAAUGUGAAAGUGAGCUCGCAGUACAGGACUUGCAAGAGAAUGAAUCUACUCCAGGUGUUAACUUGGUUGAAAAGCCCAGCACUGAAGCAUACCUUACGUAUACAAACAAUAUCAUGGAUAACACAGUCAUGGAUAUCGCAAGCUGUGUUGUAGUCUCUAGUUGUGGGACAUCAGACAACUGUGAUCUCAGUCUUACCAUGGCAGUAAAGCAAAAGCAGAAUGGGAAAAGUUGCUGUGAAGACUCUGAAAGAUCUCCAGAGCUCGACAUGGAAACAGUAAAGCAGGACAACAGUACUCACUGGGAAUUGUACAAAAGAAUUCAACUUGAUCAACUUUUGCCAAGCAUGCUUCCAAAGCAUGUUUUCUCCUCAAGUACAAACAGAGAUAUGGGCAGACCUGCAGACAACAUUUCCAAGCUAAAAAAUGAAAGCAAAGAUCACAGCAAAGCUGAAACGAACCUAAACAUGAGAUUCUGGGAAGAUAUCCAUCUCAAAGUUACUCUAAAAGCCAGCAAAACCUCUGCCCAUACUACAGAAGUGCUUUCUCUCUCUGAGCGAUUUUCAAAAAUGAAAGGCCUUCAAAAGAAAUUGAGUGAAAGAAACAAUGAAAUGAUUCAAAGCCCAAGGAUCCAAAUGUGCAGUAGCAAAGGAUACAAAGAAACUGCAACUUGUAAUGUUGAACUAAUACAACUACUAGCUCAGAGGUACAGUAAAUCUAAAAUGCAUGUGAAACGGAAGAGCUUGAGCAGACCAGGCAGUAAGAAGCCAUGUCUCAAAAAACAGCAUGUUGUUCUAUCACUACGUCACUCUCUAAAGAGGAGCAUAUAUGUCAAAAAGACACGCUUUUGGAAAGCAAAGAGGAAUCUUAGCAGAACAACUGUGUCAGCUGAGAGCCCCCAUGAAACGGUAAACAGCAAAGCAACAUCAGACCCUUCAAACAGUCCGUCUGAAAUAGUCCUUACAGAACACGAAGAUCAAGACCCAGACUCUCACACAUCUGAUGACAGACAAUCAUCACAUGUUCAGGGUUCUCAGGAGGCUAAUGCCACUCUUCCUGAGACCAAACCAAUAGAGGACCCAAUAAAUCCUACAGAACCACUUACAGAAGAUAUCUAUAAAAGUGAUUCAGUCUACACUGAGAAGGCAACAGAAGAUUUUACUCCAAAUCUAAUCCCAGUAAUGGUGGAUAAAGGAGAACAAGUGAAGACAACUGAAAACAUCUCCAAUCAAAGCCAAACAUCCUUGAUCACAUGCACUAGCAAAGAACAUGGGAGUAACACAGAGUGCAAAGAGGAGAACAUGUUGCUGAAUUUGACAUCAGAGACUGGACUGAAUCCAUUAAGCAAGGAGCAUUUCACAAUGAAAAUCACAGUAGAUGACAAUGUAGAUGCUUUGAGUAUACAUGAUUGUGAGGCAUCAGAAACACACAGUGAUGUGCCUGCAAGCAACACAAUCAACAGUCAUAAAACUGAACUCCAUACAAACAUGACUCCAGAAGCCAGGGUGAUGGAUACUAUCAAUGCUAUGGCUGAGACAGACACUAUAAAAUGUAGUGAGCAAAAUGCAAGUAUGAAAAAUACUCUAAAUGUACAGUGCUUUGAAGGAACAGAAAACAUGUCAGCAAAUAUCCCACAUAUGAACCAAUCAUGUCUCAAAAUGUUUACCAGCACAUCUAAUGUCAGAAGUGUUUGGAAUACUGAUUCGGAGGCAUUUGAAGACACAACAUCAGAUUCAAAGCAGUGUGGUCCAAAGGCUUUGAAGUAUUCAUCAAAUAAUGCUGUAGAUCUUACUGUUGAUGAUCCAGCUUUGAGUGUCCAAUGUAAGAUUUCUUCAGAACAUACAAAGAAGUGCAGCAACACUAGUUUGCUUGGUUCUACCAAAUCACCAAGUACUCUGGCAAUCAGAGACAACUGUAAAUUAUCAAAGCCAGACCAAAACAAAAUUAAUGAGGCAAACUCACCAGAAACCCAGCUCAUUUCUAAACUAAGAGAUUAUUUGUCCAAAUUUGAGUCCACUGUCAAGAAACAAGAAGCAGUGAAUGAAGAGCUUAAAGAAAGACCAGUGGUGUGGAUAACACUUGACAGCACAGCACAUAAAAAGCAGUUGUUUGAAAAAAGCCAGUAUUGUAUGGUAAAUGUUCCCUGCCUGAUACCUCAUGGGGGUGAAGCUGUUAAAAAAGACAAUUCAAGUGAAUACACCAAAAACUCUGUUCAAACUAGGAAGGUUCUUCGAAGUGAACACGCUCAGAAUGGAACCGAUGUUUGCCUACUAGUGCCUGUUGAAUCUAAGAGAGGCCGACGAUCUUCUCAAACCAAACGAACCAGCAAGCAAAGAUCAAGGAGGAGCUCAGUCACUAGUGUCAGUCCUGACAGUACCAGUGCUAUAGACACCGUCAAAGAUAACAGUCCUCACCCUUUGCCCCAGGUGAACGACCGGAACGCUGUUUUUCCAAAAAUCUCCAUCAAUAACACCCUUAAUGCCCAGUUACAAAUGCAAAGAAUAAACACAACAGGCCAACAAAAUCCCUCAAUGAGUUUGAAUAGUUUAUGUAAGCAAAAGAGUCAAAAGAAACAAUCUUUGAAUACCAUAAAAAUCGUUGAUGAUGGCAAUGUGAGCAGUACAUUCGCUGACAAUAAAUACAGCAUCAGUGACAUUUCAAAUACUCUUAAAAUGGCAGAUCAAACAACCUCAUUAACCGAACUUGGAUCUUUGCAGUCUAAAUGCAAAAGCAUGUUGCAGCAUUUUAUCUCAGGUUUUGAACAAGACCAGAAAGUGCCAUUCAACCAAUAUUUCGUUUCAAGAUGUCUCAUCUUAGAGCAAUAUUUGGACCGUCCACCUGCACAAGUAGACCUGAAAUAUGAAGCGGUGAAUUCUUACUUGGAGUUGCAGAUGAUGAUGGAAGCUUGGCAGUUUGUAGAAAACAAAAUUAACUUUCUGAGCAGUAAACCCACGUUUAGGAGUUUGCUAUGGUAUGACCCUUCUCUUUAUGGAGAACUCUACAAAGGGGAGGUUGGCUUUCAGCAGCAGUCGUCGUUGUUAGCUUCUUUUCAAAAGAUCUUAGCACAAGAGGGCUACAGUAAACUGCAGGAAUACUACAGUGCAGUGUCCUCCUUGCACCAACAGCUCCAUGCGGCCCCUGAUGCAUCUUACUACAUGUAUCUGAAGAGUAAGCGUGAGCUCCUUGAGGCUGAGGCUGCACUCAGAAAUCCCCACAACAUUAAAAGCUUCUUUUUAUCUGUACCAAUGUCUGCAAUGAUCAAUUUGGGAGACAGUUUAGAAAGAUUGGAAAAGAUACACAAAGUGAUAAUGACUUUUGUGGAAACACCUUCAGAUCAGUUGCCAGGGACAUUUGAUGUGGGCAAAGCAGAGCAUCUGUCCAUCACAUGCAGAUAUCUCCAAGAAAAAGCUCUUUUCAUGAAGUCAUGCAAAGAAAUGAUUAGCAAAGUAUCAUGGUUUGGAAUCGAACACCUUCUUUAUGAUGCCUCUAAGGUUCUUGUAUGGCAAGACAUGAGUCAUUGUGCACCAAGUGAGGUUCUCAAGACACAUAAGAAUUCAAACCCGCAGAUUAUUUUUGGGGUGACGGAGUCAGGUGUUUCUCUCGUAAACAAAGUGGAACAGCCCCCUCUGUCUAUGGAUGGAGCAGAGACCCCAACAAAACAACAGAGUGAUGCUGCUCGGAAACGCAAAGGUUUGCAGUUAUGGACGUCCUCUCAACCCAGUGUUGCACAGAGCGUAAAGGCUGGCAAGGAUGUGGCUAAUAAAAUGGCUAAAAGGAGGGCAUCUCUUUCACCCCGAACACAAUGUAAUGCUGUGAACCCCCUUUUCCAAACAACUUCUGCAACCCAUGUUGAGAACCUGACCCCUUACUACACUCUUCCUCACAGAGUGGAUCCGGGGCAUUGGGGAAUGGUUGGAAGCACUGCUGCAGACUGGAACGCCUCUGACUUAGUCCCACCUUCACCUUCGACGUCUCAUGCACACUCUGAAAUAAAUUCUCUUCAUCUGUCUAAUAUACGAGCGACUUUAUCACAUUCUGAUGAGAGGAGAUCUAUAGCAGACAUACAAAGACCUCAACAGCCUUCAGUCUCGGCUCCCCAAGCAACUUUACGAGGAGAUUCUUGUGUUACACAUCAAGCAUUUGACAGUGUUAAAUAUCAACAAACUAACACUGCGCCACAUUGUCCUGUGCUCUCACAAGAACAAGUAAACCAGUUCAGUUUAGCCAUGACACAACCUUAUAGUUUGCCAAAUUGCCAUUUGAAUGCAAAUUUGAUACCUCCUCCUCUCUCAGUUCAGGCUUUGACACAUGUCCCUAUGCCCAGCACGAUUACAACAAUUCAUUACCCUUACUUCCUUCUGAAUGGACAAACAUACACCACAGGCUCCACUGCAGCCAUUCACCCUGAUACUAGAUAUUAUCCUAACACCAUUUAGGGCUAAUGUACUACAAGCUUUGAUUGAAUCAGAGAUAUGUAUUUUUGUAAGUCGGUUUUAUUUACAGGUAAAUUACAUCAAAGAACUCGUUCAGGAGUGGCCAACGUCAGUCCUGGAGAGCCACAGUCCUGCAGAGUUUUGCUCCAACCUU